AUGGGUGGCGACGACCAAGUGGGGAUCCUGCAAGAGAACGCGGCACAUGACGUGGCAGCGGAGCAAGGCGCGGAAGAAGAGGAGCACCCGGGGCUACAGGUCGAGGAGGCCGAUGAAGGAAAUGACGGCGACGACCAGGCAGCGGGAACGGGUGAGGCUGAACCCGCGCAGGCAGACGAGAGCGCUGGCGCGAGCCAGGCGGCAGCCAAAGAAUCGAGGGCCGCGCCGUGGGAAACGCGCGACCGAGACGUCAGCCAUGGGGAAGAGCAGUGCGCGGAAGGCUCACUGCGCCAGGAGCAAGUGACGACAGCCGACAGUGUUCGAGCUGCACUGGCGCAGAGGCUGCAUUAUGAUGGCAAGGGGAGGGCAGAGCGGUUGCGCACGCCGCAGAAGGAUCCGCACCAUGGGGAAUGGCGCGUAGGCGACUUUCGCCCGCAUGGUAGGCGACAGGAGCAGGGCGGCUGGAGCAGCGGCGGCGUGCGUUUGCCAGAACAGCAGCGAGCGCGCGGUGGCAGAAGAAAGGAUGAGUCGCGCUCACCUGAGCCGCACGGGCGCCAGGAAGGAAGGCACGAGGAGAAGCGGGGGUCACAGGAGCGCCGCGGUCAGCAGCAUGGGGAAUGCAGUGGCAUGGGGCGCUCGCCGGGUCGGCCGAGGCGGAGAGAAGAGAGGGAUGGAAGCGGGUCCCACUCGCCCGAGUGGCGCAGCCUGCGCAGGGAGAAGUACGGAAGAGAAAGGCACUCGCCAGAGCGCCACCAGCAGCGCAGCAGGAGGGAAGGCACCUGGUCGCCGUCACCAGAGAGGCUGCAGUUGCGCGACAUCAGGAGGUGGGAAGGGCGGAAGACGCACGACCCGCCCACGCAGCAAUGGGGACGGGCGGAAGAGUGGGUAGGGCCGAGGGAAAGGCGCCGUGGGGCGGAAGGCUGGGACUUCACGUGGGCGAGUCCAGCAGUGUAA